GCUGCUCACGACUGGAUUUUUGGAGAUGCGCUGUGCCGGAUUCUCUCAGGUAUCUACCUCCUUGGCUUCUACAGCGGCAUCUUCUUCAUAAUUCUGCUGACCAUAGACAGGUAUCUGGCCAUAGUUCACGCAGUGUUUGCUAUAAAAGCUCGGACAGUCACCUACGGCAUCCUCACCAGCCUUGUCACAUGGGCUGUUGCUAUUUUUGCCUCUGUUCCUGGGAUAGUAUUUCACAAAUCUCAACAGGAAAAUACCCGGUAUACAUGCAGUGCUCAUUAUCCACAGGAGCAGAGAGAUGAAUGGAAGCAAUUCCUGGCCUUGAAGAUGAACAUCCUAGGACUUGUUAUUCCUAUGAUAAUUAUGAUCUGCAGCUACACGCAAAUCAUAAGGACAUUGCUACAAUGUAGGAAUGAGAAGAAAAACAAAGCCGUCAGGCUUAUUUUUAUCAUCAUGAUUGUAUACUUUUUUUUCUGGGCACCGUAUAACAUUUGUAUUCUCUUGCGUGACUUCCAAGAUUCAUUUUCCAUCAAUAGUUGUGAAAUCAGUGGCCAACUGCACAAAGCAACCCAAGUGACAGAAACAAUUUCAAUGAUCCACUGCUGCAUCAAUCCUGUGAUUUAUGCCUUUGCUGGAGAAAAGUUUAGGAAGUAUCUUCGUAGCUUUUUCCGAAAGCAGAUUGCAUCCCACUUCUCUAAAUACUGUCCGGUUUUCUAUGCCGACACACCCGAACGGGCUAGUUCCACCUACACACAGUCUACUGGAGAGCAAGAAGUUUCUGCUGCGCUGUAAGCUGUGCCUUACAAAACAAAGCAAAACAAAGAGACAACAACUGGAAUUGACUUUUCUGAAUUCAAGUCUAAGACAAAAGCCUGGAGAAUCUCUUCUGGAUGCUGUAGUGCAUCUGCGAAAGGUCAUGGCGCACAUACCCACCAAAGCUUUUAUUUGUACAUAAAUGUAAUGGAUGUAUCAAAUUAGCUAUGCAGAUAUGGGAACAUAGGAUUCUGUGGCCAAAAAAAAUGGGGAAAAAAAAGCUUUUUUUGUGUGUGUAUGUGUAUGUAGAAGCAUAGUUAUGUGCUAUGGAGACCACAAACAUACCUAAGCUGAGAGUCUAACCUAGCGGAUUUACAAACUGAUCUUUUGAAGUGAACUGGAGAUUAGAAAAUGGUAUCGCUUCUUUGGAAACAUCUCUUCAGCGUAUUUUACACAAGAUAUUUCAUUCAUUUAAACUCCAUCUCAGUCCCAUCUUUUAUUAGCCUGGUUGUGUAACUCUGUAAGUAACAGUAAAUUACUGAGGUUUGUGAUGAAAAACUUAUACAAUUGUCAGGGGAAAACUAUGAAUUUUGAAAAGACUCCAGUAUUCCAAGGUAUAUUUUCCUGUGUGUAUGUGAAAGGACUACCAGCCUUUCAGAUCUUACUUCUAAUAAUCUAACAACAGUCUGAGCUACUAAGUGUUGCCAUCUCAGUUAAUCAAGGGCUUGAUAUUUCAGAAUGCUCUUUUAAUAAACUGUGGUUUUAUAUACUACUUGUAUUAACAACAAA